CUGAACGAAAAUCUCACUUGUGAAUGAUUUGGCAACUUGAAAGAAAGAAAGCGAUUUUUUUACUAACUUUCGAUUUUUUUAUUAAUUCAAAAGUAAUUUAUGCGAUUUCCGUGUUACAUUUAUAAAAUUUAUUAUAUUUUUCAUGCAUAGCUGCAACAAGAACGAUUGAUUCGCCGAUAAAACCCGACGUUCGCAGGAUGUCCAACGCAUCCGUGAACAUUAAGUUUCGUUGGGGGCUCACGCCUUCCGACCCGGAGCAGCAGCCCGUCCUGAUUGUGGGACAAGCCGCUCACCUCAACAGCUUGUCGUGGAACGAUAUACGAUGCAAACUGGAGCCUAGAGUCUCGGAGGAGGCAUGGAAGCGAGGCCUUUCCUGCGUGACGUCAUCGCCAGGCGACGCAUGCGAGCUCUGGCCUCGCGCCGCGUCACUGGCGACGUUGCCAGCUCGCCGCUCGCGUCAUGCGGCUCCGUCGCGUUGCCACGCGCUAGCCAAGAUCGUGAGGGGCACCCAGCGGUCGACAGAUGAGUUUAUUGUGCUGGUGUGUCGCAAGCGUGACGUAUACGCGAGCGCGGCAGCAGUGGCGCGCUCGUUCCCAUUAUUCGGGGCACGCACCGCUGCGCCGCUCGCCGCCGCGCCCGCGCCGUCUGCUCCACGCACGCUCACGGUCGAGAUACAGCUGGUCGAUGCCACGCAGAACAGCGACUCAGACGACGAAGACAUCUCAUCGUCCAUCCCGGCGUCAGACACCACGCUAUCAAGCGAGGAACUGAGCACCAUUCAGGACCUAGCAGACGCCACCAGACUGGCUGCGCGUAUUACGGACACGCCUGCUAAUAUCAUGAACGUGGACAAGUUCAUAGAGGAAGCCAUAGCCGUAGCCAAAGAGCUAGAUAUCCCAGAACCGACCAUAAUCCGCGGCGAGGAGUUAAAAGAACGCGGCAUGGGCGGUAUCUACGGCGUGGGCGCCGCCGCCGUCUGCCCGCCCGCCCUAGUCGUGCUGUCAUACACCGCGCCCGCCGCCCAGGAAACCGUGGCUUGGGUCGGGAAGGGCAUCGUGUAUGACACCGGCGGCCUGAGCAUCAAGGCGAGAACCUCCAUGGUGGGCAUGAAAGGCGAUUGCGGCGGCGCGGCGGGUGUACUCGGGGCUUUCGCCGUGGCUGUCAAAGCCAAGCCCACGGUUAAUCUGCACGCCGUACUGUGCCUGGCAGAGAACGCUGUGGGACCUAAGGCUACCAGACCUGACGAUAUCCACCAGCUGUAUUCCGGUCGCACUGUAGAAAUCAACAACACAGAUGCUGAAGGACGUCUGGUGUUGAGUGACGGUGUGGUGUACGCUUCGAGAGACUUGAAGGCUGACACCAUUGUGGACGUUGCUACACUGACCGGUGCACAGGGCACAGCGACGGGCAAGUACCACGCAGCUAUAGUGUCCAACGAGCGCGGCCUGGAGCAGCAGUGCGUGCUCGCCGGCGCGCUGUCGGGCGACCUGGCGCACGCGCUGCCAUUCGCGCCCGAACUACACUUCACGGAGUUCAGCAGCGCCGUCGCCGACAUGAAGAACAGUGUCGCUGACCGCAACAACGCGCAGCCUUCGUGCGCGGCGCUGUUCGUGCUGGCGCACCUGGGCUUCGACUUCCGCGGCGCCUGGCUGCACGUCGACAUGGCCGCGCCCGCGCACUGCGGUGAGCGCGCUACGGGCUACGGCGUGGCGCUAUUACCCGUGUUAUUCGGCGCGCGCACGCGCAGCGCGCUUCUGCAAGCGCUCGCGCCGCGGGCCAACUGAGCGGUGAACGGGUCUUUGGUGAACGCACUGUAAAGCCUUGUUCUACUAGUCGAGUAAUUUAGCAGCUAAAGCCUUGAUCACACGUACCGAGCAAACGGGCGAGACAGUGCUCUCGGCUGAGUACUCUGUGUAUGA